AUGCCCGCCAAAUCGCGAUUUACGAGGCUCGAUGCCUUCGCAAAGACGGUGGAGGAUGCGCGUGUGCGAACAACGUCUGGUGGAAUUGUUACUUUAGUAUCCCUGGUUGUCAUACUCUGGUUAGUAUGGGGGGAAUGGGCCGACUAUCGCCGGGUGGUGGUACUUCCAGAGCUCAUAGUCGAUAAGUCGCGAGGAGAACGAAUGGAAAUCCAUUUGAACAUGACCUUCCCUCGACUACCAUGCGAAUUGUUGACACUGGAUGUGAUGGACGUGUCGGGAGAGCAGCAGAUGGGUGUUGUUCACGGUCUGAACAAAGUACGACUCAGUCCACUUGCUGAGGGCGGCAAAGUUAUAGACGUUUCGAAGCUUGAAUUACACUCCCAAAAUGAAAUCGCCGUACACCUCGACCCCGAAUACUGCGGCGAGUGUGGAGGUGCGCCCCCACCAGCAAACGCAAAGAAGCCCGGUUGCUGCAACACCUGUGAAGAAGUGAGGGAAGCUUAUGCAAUGAAGUCAUGGGCAUUCGGUAAGGGCGAAAACAUUGAACAAUGUCAGCGCGAGGGUUACUCCGACAAACUCGACGCCCAGCGCAGAGAAGGAUGCCGUAUUGAAGGUGAUGUCCGGGUGAACAAAGUGAUUGGAAACUUUCACAUCGCUCCCGGCCGCAGUUUCUCCAGCGGAAACAUGCACGUCCACGACUUGGAAACAUACUUGGACAAAGAGCUCGCGGAUAACGAGAAACACACAAUGUCUCAUAUCAUUCAUACGCUCCGAUUCGGACCUCAACUCUCCGAUGAAGUAUCCCAACGCUGGCAAUGGACCGACCACCAUCACACGAACCCCCUAGACGGCACUCAACAAUCCACAAAUGAACCCGCCUACAACUACAACUACUACAUUAAAGUCGUCUCAACCUCCUAUCUACCCCUCGGCUGGGAUAGUGCUCGUUCCGACGAGCUCCACGGUAACGAUCAAUCCACGCCCCUAGGUCUCCAUGGUGCCGUCCACGGUACAGCAGGCAGCAUUGAAACACACCAAUACUCCGUAACAUCGCACAAGCGCUCUUUACACGGCGGCAACGACGCCGCCGAAGGUCAUCAGGAGCGUGUUCACGCCGAGGGUGGUAUUCCGGGUGUAUUCUUCAAUUAUGAUAUCUCGCCCAUGAAAGUUGUCAAUCGUGAGGACCGCCCCAAGACUUUCACAGGGUUUUUGACUGGUGUUUGUGCUGUUAUUGGUGGUACUUUGACGGUUGCUGCCGCCGUGGAUCGGUUCUUGUAUGAAGGAUCGAGGAGGAUUAGAAAGUCGGCGGCCCAUACUGAAUAA